AUGUCUCCACAACAGAAAGCUCUUGUUCUUCCCCGGCAGGGCAACCUUGAGCUCAGCUUCCGCAGUAUCCCCAGUCCUGAUGCCGGGCAGCUCCUGGUCAAGAUACAAUCUGCAGCUCUGAACCCAUUUGACUACAAUAUCACGAACACAGAUUAUGUGUCUCAUUACCCUGCCGUUCUUGGAAUGGAUAUUGCUGGCAUUGUCGAGGAACCAGGGGAAGGUGUCCACAACUUCCGCAAAGGCGAUAGAGUAUUGGCGCACGGCAGGUUCACCGAUGACUUUACUGCAUUUCAGCAAUAUGCUUUGACCGCCGCGAGCUUUACAGCAAAGAUUCCUGCAAGCGACUCGGAGUCCUUCGAUAGCGCAGCUACUGUUCCUCUGGGAUUAGAUACUGCUGUUGUGGGCUUGUACGGAGAUCAAUUCGGAGCUAGGAUAACACCUCCCCUCCAUGGUCAAUCAAUGCCCCAUAAGGUCACUCACUGCAAGCUUCUCUAA